GCUUUAAACGCGUUAUCUCCCACUUCCUUUCUUUAACAUUUCCCCGACACAUUACCAGAGUCAAGAAGAAGAAGAAGAAGAAGAAGCAGAAACCAACGCUUUAUCUUUCCAGCAUAAGCCUUCCAGAUCUGAAACCAGCCAAACCGAAACCACGGCUCAAUGGAUUCUUCAAUUUCUGAGCACCACCACCAUCAUCAUCGCAAGCGAAAGCGUUCCAGGCACCUCUACCACUCUUCCUACUCUUUCUUCUCCGUAAGAUCUCUCAUCCUCUGCUUCUCUUUCCUCCUUUUCCUCUAUCUCCUCUCCUAUCGCGUCCACCUCGCUCCGGUGGAUUUCCGGCCAGUUCUUGUGGUCCCGGGGUUCCCGCUCUUCUCCUCUUCUUCUUCUUCUUCUUCCAACUCGAUCCAGCUUUUUUCCGGCGCCAAACAGCCUUCGUUCCUAGUAGAAGAUCGAGUUUUUUUUCCCGACCAUGUGUUGUUGCUAGUCUCCAGGAUGUCUAGGAGGGCAGAUGAAUUGGACUGCGUUUACUAUCCGAAUCGAUCGGGUAAUAGUGGUAGCGGUGAUGCUUUUGAUGGAUUUACGUUUACCAGUGUGAACAGAAAUGCUUUGUCAGUGGACGAGUACAACGAGUUUCAGUCGAUCGUGAGGUGUCCUCUUCCGCCGGAGAAUUACUCGGCGGCCGCAGUGAAUUUAAAGCCGCGAAGACGCCGGCGAUGGAUAGGAGGAGAAAAGGCAAAAACAGAGGUUCUGAGAGGUAACCAAACGCUGCGCUCUUGGGAGAUGGUGGCGUACGCGGCGGUGCUGGAUGGGAACACGACGGUGGUAUUUGUGAAAGGGCUCAAUCUCCGGGCGGAUAGGGAAUCGGAUCCGACUCCAUUCACCUGCCAUUUCGGGUUGGGAAACUGGGAGAGAGAUGGAAGAGGAUAUGUGCUUACUACAAAAGCAAUCACGGCCGCUCAAGAAGUUGUCAGGUGUUCGCUGCCAGCGAGCAUCCGGAUGAACCCUAGCAAGGCUCAGGGAAUUAGGGUUACCAUUGGAAUAACUCCUCAAGUACAUGCCAAGGCUCACAGUAGACUGCUCGUGCCAUCUGUGGCUAAGAUUUUUGGUACGGGAGAAGAGUUGAGGAAGAAGAGGGAGAUGAGUAAGGGGAAGUAUGAGCUGUGUGUUUGUACAAUGGUGUGGAACCAAGCUUCAGCACUUCGCGAGUGGGUAGUUUACCAUGCCUGGCUAGGGAUCGAGCGGUGGUUUAUCUAUGACAACAAUAGUGAUGAUGGAAUUCAAGAGGUGAUCAAUGAGCUCAAUCGCGGGAAUUACAAUGUCAGCCGGCAAGUCUGGCCAUGGAUUAAGACUCAAGAAGCAGGGUUUUCACACUGUGCUCUCAGAGCCAGGGAUGAAUGUAACUGGGUUGGAUUCAUGGAUGUUGAUGAGUUUUUCUACUUCGCAUUCCCUACUCCUAGAAGCCACAGGUUCGGGACGUUGGGUUUCCCUGAUCAGAAUGCCCUCCGGAACCUGCUCACGAAUUUUUCAUCAUCCACGACAAUUGCAGAAAUCCGAACAGCUUGCCACAGCUUUGGGCCAUCCGGGUUGAGUUCGCCACCUUCACAGGGGGUUACAGUUGGGUACACUUGCCGGCUGCAGAGUCCUGAAAGACACAAGUCGAUUGUGCGCCCUGAUGCCCUCGACACUACCCUUCUCAAUGUGGUGCAUCAUUUUCAUCUAAAGAAGGGCUUUACUUACCUGAAUUUGCCCCAGAGCACAGUUGUGAUUAAUCACUACAAAUACCAGGUGUGGGAAUCUUUCAGAACCAAGUUCUACAGAAGAGUUGCUACCUAUGUUGCUGACUGGCAAGAAAACCAAAAUGAAGGAUCAAGAGAUAGAGCACCUGGGCUGGGCACGGAACCCAUUGAACCGCCUAAUUGGCGGUUACAGUUCUGUGAGGUUUGGGACACAGGGAUGCGGGACUUUGUCUUGGCCAACCUAGCUGAUCCUGCUACCGGGUUGCUGCCAUGGGAGAGGACUUCCCUGUAACAGACUUAGAUGGAUAGCUGAAGAUUUGCCUGCCCAUGUAUAACAAAUUAGUCACACAUAAAAUGAUUCUUUCUUUUCAUUAUUUCACCAUCAUAUAUCUGAUUUUUUGUUUGUAAAGAAAAUAGAUGAGUUACAUGUUUCUUACACAGUUGUAUCUUUCAACUUAUGUGAAAUGAUUCUUUUCUUCUUAAUCUAUUCUUUCAGAUUCUUGUUCAA